UCCCCGAUCAGUAGUUGUUUGUAACGUGAAUCUGGUUGUUGGAGAGUGCCACUUUACUUUUUAACUUGGCUGCUGAUUCAUUGGUGUGCUUGGGCGUUUUCAUUCCGAACACACAUGGCUGCUGACUGGUUAGGUAGUUUAGUGUCAAUUAACUGUGGGCCGACACUGGGGGUGUACCAGGGAGAGGUAUCAUCUGUGGACCAGAAGAGCCAAACCAUCUCCCUCAGACAGCCCUUCCACAACGGGGUCAAAUGCCCUGUUCCAGAGGUCACCUUCAGUGCCAUGGACAUAAAGGAUCUAAAGAUUUUGGAAAUUCGAAAUGACAUCAUUAGGAACAGCUCUUCUACAUGUGCAAAAGCAAACAGCACUCCAAUUGCUGUCCCAAAGGGAGACCCAAGGUCUGUGGAGAAACUCAGCUCUCCUCAACACUGUUCUAAAAGUUAUGGAGAGCGCCAUCUGGAUAUUCCCGGUCAACCCAAGGCGUUCCGCCGAAGACACAAUUCAUGGUCAUCCAGUAGUCGGGCAAACCAGGUCACCCCGAAAAAAAAUGGUAUGAAGAAUGGCAGUAGCCAAAUGAAGAACAGAGAUGAUGAGUGUUUUGGAGAUGGAGUGGAUGAUGGGCUGGAUACAGACUUUGAUUUUGAAGGAAACCUGGCUCUUUUUGACAAAGCAGCAGUUUUCUCAGAGAUUGACAUAUCAGAGCGUCGUAAUGGUGCAAGGUCACGUGGGACACCACAGGAGCAGACGCCCUCUCGCUACCGUCAUGAUGAAAACAUCCUGGAAGCCAAACCGAUUGUCUACAGACAAAUAACAGUUCCUCAGCCUGGGCCUAAAGAAUAUUGCACAGACUCUGGACUUGUUGUACCCAGCAUAACCUAUGAACUACACAAGCGCCUAUUGACAGUUGCAGAACGUCAUGGCCUCUCAUUGGAGCGAAGACUUGAGAUGACCGGUGUGUGCGCCAGUCAGAUGGCACUAACGUUGCUGGGUGGCCCAAAUAGAUUUACCCCCAAAAAUCUACACCAGUGUCCCACAGUGGCUCUGCUUUGUGGCCCUCAUGUUCAGGGUGCACAGGGCAUCAGCUGUGGACGUCACCUGGCCAAUCAUGAAGUAGAGGUCAUCUUGUUUCUGCCAAAUUUUGUGAAGAUGCUUGACUCGGUCACCAGCGAGCUCACGCUCUUCAACAAGACUGGUGGGAAACAGGUGUCAAGUAUCAAAGACCUCCCGGACACUCCCGUGGACCUAAUCAUUAACUGCCUGGACUGCCAUGAGAACACAUUCCUGAUGGAUCAGCCGUGGUACAGAGCAGCUGCAGACUGGGCUAACCACAACAGAGCUCCAGUUCUCAGCAUAGACCCUCCUGUGAGUGGACAGGGGCAGGCGGUCGAGGCCAAGUGGUCCCUUUCUCUUUGCCUCCCCCUUCCGACAGCCGAAGGUGCUGGCAGAGUUUACCUGUGUGACAUAGGCAUUCCUCGUCAGGUGUUCCAGGAAGUGGGAAUCACGUACCAUUCUCCUUUUGGGUGCAAAUUUGUCAUCCCCUUACAUUCUGCGUGAAAGGACUCCUGCUCAGUGUGAUGAACAACAUCAUUCACCAUCCUGGACCCUCUGGGUUUUGGCGCCUUGUAUUCCAGAACUUCAGCUGCUUCAAAAUCCAUCAAUUUCAAAUUCGGCUCCAUGCUAACUUGACUUCUCUGUCUUGCUGAGGGGUUGUUUGGGAUGCAACAACUUUGAUUGAGAAGAGCAUUGAAAACUU